AUGCAAGCAAAUGGCCCUGAGAAGGCUUCCACGAAGGCAAUUGGUCCUGACGAGGCUUCCACGCAGGCAGGAAAUCUUCAGAAGGCUUCCACGCAGGCAGGGGAUCGCCAGAAGGCUUCCACGCAGGCAGGGGAUCGCCAGAAGGCUUCCACGCAGGCAGGGGAUCUUCAGAAGGCUUCCACGCAGUCGGGGAUCGCAGGGGAUCGUCAGAAGGCUUCCACGCAGGCAGGGGAUCGUCAGAAGGCUUCCACACAGGCAGGGGAUCGCCAGAAGGCUUCCACGCAGGCAGGGGAUCGUCAGAAGGCUUCCACGCAGGCAGGGGAUCUUCAGAAGGCUUCCACGCAGGCAGGGGGUCUUCAGAAGGCUUCCACACAGGCAGGGGAUCGCCAGAAAGCUUCCACGCAGGCAGAGGAUCGGCAGAAGUCUUCCACGCAGGCAGGGGAUCUUCAGAAGGCUUCCACGCAGGCAGAGGAUCGUCAGAAGGCUUCCAUGCAGGCAGGGGAUCGUCAGAAGGCUUCCACGCAGGCAGGGAAUCGUCAGAAGGCGUCCACGCAGGCAGGGGAUCUUCAGAAGGCUUCCACGCAGGCAGGGGGUCUUCAGAAGGCUUCCACACAGGCAGGGGAUCGCCAGAAAGCUUCCACGCAGGCAGAGGAUCGGCAGAAGUCUUCCACGCAGGCAGGGGAUCUUCAGAAGGCUUCCACGCAGGCAGAGGAUCGUCAGAAGGCUUCCAUGCAGGCAGGGGAUCGUCAGAAGGCGUCCACGCAGGCAGAGGAUCGUCAGAAGGCUUCCACGCAGGCAGGGGAUCUUCAGAAAGCUUCCACGCAGUCGGGAUCGUCAGAAGGCUUCCACGCAGGCAGGGGAUCGUCAGAAAGGCUUCCACGCACGCACCUGAUCCCAACUAUCAGCUUGAGACGAUCCUUCUUGAUCAGCUGGUAG